UACAGGUGACCGUCUUGCCUGUGAGCUACAAACAUAUCCGACUUUAGACCGCUAGUGAGUGGACGCUGUAGGGUAAUAAAUUACAAAGACACUGUUGGAUAAGUGAUGGCUGUAACAGGCGGUCUGGCGAAGCUGGACGUCGGUGUUUUAAACGCUGAGCAGCAGGAGAAACUGCGACAGUUCAAGAUCAAGACCAGAAUUGACAAUGAGAAGUAUUUAAGAUCCCACCCAGAAGUGGAGGUACUGAUAGGCGACUUUCUAAGAGAGGUGCUACUUAACAGGCCUGCUGACAUCCGCCAGUUUGCUGCAGAUCACUUCACCAACCCAAACCUUCAUGCGGUUAUUGGCUCCAAAAUGGAAGGAAACAUGGAGUAAAACACAUCCAACAGUCUCUGUGUUUUCUCUGUACAGCACAACAUUAAGUAUGAAUGGACUCUCAUUUAGUAACAACAAAGAUUCAAAUACAUCAGCUUCAUUGUUCAGCUGAUAACGCUAUCGUCAGAUUUCUUAUCACACACAUGCAGGAAGCCAGCUAAUUGGAAAGAUGGUAACUGCCGUUCCUAAUGAGUGUUAUUAAAGGUUAAUGAGAAGAAGAUGUCCUCGGGGUAUUACGCAUACAGUACACGGUGCUGUUUGUCACAUUAUGUUGUCACAUUAACAACAUCUUUGUGGAGGGAUAAAGUGAAGGCUAGAGUUUGUGUUUAUGGCUUGCAACUAGUUUUUUAAAGAACUGUCAGUGACUAUUGUUGUCUGUACUUUUGGCCCAGUUGUUAAAUGGAUAUUCUGUAGUCGGCACUGAUUUGAAUAUGGACCAGUCAAGAUAUAAUAUUUACUUCACUCAUUUAUUUCAUGACGAUGCAAAAGAAAGUGUUUUUCUUACUCUUUUUUAAAUGUUUCUUUCUCCUUUAAAAUUCUUUACCUUGUUGUGUUGUUUUCUUUUGUGCUGUUUUUUAUAUCAUUUGCAUGCCAUAGGAAAAUUGGAUUCACAUUUGUGUGUGAAAAAAUUUUAGACUACAGAAACAUUUAUGGAUGUGAAAAUGUCAUGGUGACUUUACUGAAUUUUAAUUUUUAGAGAUAAAUGUUUUUUUUCUUAUUGAAAUCCAUACUGUUUUAGUUGGAUUUAGCAUCUAGCAGCUAUUUCAUCUGCACUUUUUAACCAUCAGCACUUCUGCAAUGACCUUUACAUUCAAAUGUGUUGUGUGUCACUGCUGAGCAUUCAAAGGCUGCUGUUAUUCUUUGCCCUGAGUGUGUACAGCUCUGUGUGGUUGUGUGGUUAUCUUUGCUUUUGUUAUUUCAUUUCAUUUGUAAAAUGCAGCUGUAAUUGGUUGUGGCUUUUGGAUUACGACAGCCCAUCCAUCUUUUCCAUCUUUAACUGGAAAUGAUGUAUGAUAAGAUGAAUAACCAUGGCGUCGCAUUAUAUACAAAAAUAAAUGUACAACU